GGUGUUAUCAUUGCGCUCUUCCUGAGUGAGGCAGUUGCUCUCCAGCCAUUGGACAGCCGCUCACACCACCUGCUGGAAGCUCACAUUGACUGCCAGCCACUCAUGGAUGAAGACCAGCUCAGCUCUUCGGCAGUAGAUCAUUGUCUAUUGUUCUCCAAACAGUAAACUACUAUUUCACACUGAGAGACUGUGGGCUGCAGUUCUGUCUGAGUCCUGGGCUCCUCAUGAAUAUGAAGUAAAGGGCUCUGACCCAGAAAGUGGCAGGUUCUGAGCAGAGUAAAAUGGGGUCUCGGAAAUGUGGAGGCUGCCUAAGUGGUCUGCUGAUUCCGCUUGCACUUUGGAGUAUAACUGUGAAUAUAUUAUUGUACUUCCCAAAUGGGCAAACUUCCUAUGCAUCCAGCAAUAAACUCACCAACUUCGUGUGGUAUUUUGAAGGAAUCUGUUUCUCAGGUGUUAUGAUGCUUAUAGUAGCAGCAGUUCUUCUUGUACUGGAGAAUGAUAACAAUUAUAAAUGUUGCCAGAGUGAAAACUGCAGCAAAAAAUACAUGACACUGCUGUCGAUUAUCUUUUCUGCCCUUGGAAUCGCUUUUUCUGGAUACUGCCUGGUCAUAUCGGUUUUGGGCCUCGUCCAAGGCCCAUACUGCCGCACUCUCAAUGGCUGGGAAUAUGCCUUUGAGGGCACUGCAGGACGCUUCCUUACAGAUUCCAGCAUAUGGAUUCAGUGCCUUGAACCUGCACAUGUGGUAGAGUGGAACAUUAUUUUGUUUUCCAUUCUCAUAGUUCUCAGUGGGCUUCAAGUGAUCAUCUGCCUCAUCAGAGUAAUCAUUCAGUUAUCCAAGAUACUGUGUGGAACCUAUUCAGUCAUCAUCCAGCCUGGAAUCAUUUGAAUAAGGACAAGAAUGUUUUCCAUUUUCAAGUUAUGGUCAUAUAUCUAAGUGUCAUAUUUAAUAUUCAAAUGAUGUUUUCUUCAUUUAGUGUUCAUUGUACCCAUUUGUGAAAUUUACAGUCCUCACUGGAAGUGCAAAUUAUGCCACCCUUCCAUUUAGAAUUUUUUUUUUAAAACAAUACCAUGUAUGUGUCCAGAUCUUUAGAACUAUUCAUGCCCUUUGAUCAAACUAGUCCAUUUCCAAUAAUCUAUACUAUGGAAAUAAAUGAGUACAAGAUAAAAAUUUAUGCAAAUUUUUUUAAACAUAUUUCAAUAUUAUUUAAUAUUCUGGAAAAUUAGAACUACCCCAUAAGUCUAAGUUCAGGGGAAGGAUUAAGUAAAGAGUGGAACAUUAGUUGUAGUAUUAUAUGGUCUUUGCAAAUGAUGUUUUAAAUAUUACGAAUAGUUCUAUGUGAAAAAGCAGAUUGCAAAUUUAUGUUUACAGCAUAAGCAUAACUAAAAGAAACAAAACACCUAAUAAUCAAAAUAUAGGAUAAAAACUACAUCUAGAAAAGUUUACACAAAAAUGUCAACUGUGGCUGAUUUGGGUAAUAGGUGAUCCUUUUUCUUGCUUUUCUAUAUCUUCCAAGUUUUCUUUAUUAGUUUUAUAUAAACUUACAUAACCUAACUGAGCUCUUGGCAUCAUUUUCUCACUCUUGGUGAUGAAUGCAGUGGGUUGCAAGAGACAACCUUGAAAUAAAUGAGCAGUUUGAGGACAUAUUCAGUGGGUUAGAGAAAGUGACCACUGACCAGUAGAUAACUGUCACAGGAGUUAUCACUAUCUGUAUUUAUUUUUAGUGCUUUUUUUUUUUUUGGAGUGGAGGGUCCAGG